GGCAAAACAUUAUCUAUCGAGGAUGCUUUAGAGUGCCAGAGAAUUUAACAAACACCUUGCCAGCCACUCUGAUGCACUCCAAUCUGACGGUGGAGAUGUGCUCUGAAUUUUGCUCCAAGAAAGAAUUUCCCCUGGCGGUCACCAGAGGGCCUCACUGCCACUGUGGCUUCCCUACAGUUCAUUUCCCACUGCACAGCAGCUCAGACAGGUCCCUCUGCAGAAGGCUGCAGAACAUGAGCACCAAGGCUGAAAUGCCCAGGGGGGAGGACUAUGGCCUUGUCUAUCAAACGCCAGUCCAAGACACCCGAUGUACUGACCGGAAGUUUCUCCCUACAAAAUCCAAAGCAUUUGUUGCUCUUUCAAGUUUCCCUGGAGCCGGAAACACCUGGGCACGCCACCUAAUAGAACAUGCUACAGGAUUCUACACGGGAAGCUACUACUUUGACGGGACUCUGUAUAAUAAAGGUUUUAAAGGAGAGAAGGAUCACUGGAGAAGCAGGAGGACUAUUUGUGUCAAAACACACGAGAGUGGCAGAAGGGAAAUUGAGAUGUUUGACUCGGCCAUCUUGCUGAUACGGAAUCCCUACAAGUCGCUUGUGGCAGAAUUUAAUCGGAAAUGUGCCGGCCACCUUGGAUAUGCUACAGACCGGAACUGGAAAAGCAAAGAGUGGCCAGAUUUUGUAAACAGCUAUGCUUCGUGGUGGGCUUCUCACGUCCUCGACUGGCUGAAGUACGGGAAACAUAUCCUUGUUGUUCACUAUGAAGACUUGAAACAGAACCUCGUGUCCCAGCUUCAAAAAAUGGUAGCCUUUCUGAACAUCAGUGUGACUGAGGACCGGCUGCUCUGUGUGGAAAACAACCGCGACGGGAAUUUCAAGCGGUCGGGUGCCAGGCAGAAAAGAUUUGAACCAUUCACAAAGGAAAUGAAAGACUUGAUAAAUAAAUAUAUUGUGAUUGUGGACAAAGCUCUAAGGGACAGAAACUUUACUGGCCUGCCAAAAGAAUAUUUACCCAGAUGA